UUCAUAAAACUGGCACUGAACACACCUCGCGUUCAAAACAAUUUUUUAUUUACUGACAUUUGUCGUUACGCAUGAAUGCUUGUUAACGCGGAAAGGGGUCGUUGUACAAAUAGAUUAAAUACUGCGGCCGGAAUAAAUUCAAAUUGUGUUGCACUGGACAAACAAAAUUCUAAACAAGUGACAGUGAGUUUUCGACAUUGUGAAAAUAAGAAUAUUUUGAAUUAGACGUAGAAAAAUUGAAGUUUAUGAAGGUGAAAGAAAGCUUUUUGUGUUUAAUACUACCAAUAUGGCUAAUGCGGACAUGGAUAUGAAAGCCAACCUGACCGAUUUAUCGAGGAUACCAGUCAAGGAGUUCGAGAAACAUUUCCGUGACUGGAUGGAGCGCGACGAUGUGGCGCGGUCGUUACAAGCAAAGCUGCGAACCGAUCUCAUAUCAAACUUCAACAAAACUGCUUUAGGACGUCAAAUUUUGGCUCAAACUACAACAACCACCACCGGCGGCUCCACGCAGCGUCUGACGCUCUCGCCAUUGGUGUUGGCGCUCAACACACUCGUUGCUGAAUUUCUCUAUGCACAAAACUGCCACUUUUCGCUGUCAGUAUUCUGCACGGAGGUGCCAUUUCGAAACACACUUCCGGACUUUGAGAGUUCGUCGCAUUUCCGUUUCAGCGGCGAUGAGAUCAAAGAAAUCUUAGAAGCCAUAUUUACUAAAUCAGCACAAGAGACCCCAUUUAAAAAUAGUAUUAGUAGAAAAUAUGAACACAAUAAAAAUGUUUCACUGCUAAUGGUGAUCAUCCGUUAUUUAUUGAAGCAGAAGGAAGAAUACGCGAAGAAAAUUGCCUCUAUAAAACCUGGCACUGUUACUGAGGGAACACAGACUACAAUAAAAAACAGUUCACCACAUGAACCAGAGCCUCCACAGCCGCCAGAGGACUAUUCUAAAAAGAGUUGUGCGAAAAAUGAGCUACCCAAUACCAACAUAAGAUACCUCAACAAAUAUCUAGUGAUACUCUCCACCAAAGUAAAGGAAAUGUCUGAACAACUAUACGACUUGCGGCAUAAUCGCAACAGUUUGCCGACCACACGUCUUGCCAAAAGUGUGCGUACGCGUCACUACGACAAGCUGAACCUCAGCCUAGAGCGUAUCACGAAUCAACUGAAGCACAUGACGCACACAAAGCGCAAAAACAAACAAGUGGGUGCAGUUGUCUCAGCGGUCGACGCAUUGGCGACGCAGUUUACCAAGUGCGUCGAAAGUUUCCGUACAGUUUCGCGAGAGCUGAUCGCCAGCAAUGAGAAACAAACUCAAUUACAACAUAUCUUGCCACCCAAGCCGGUGCUUUCGCAAGCUGCAGUGCAGGUGGAUCUUUCCUACGAGCCAACUAAUUGUAGUGAGCACAAGAAGUCCGCGGCUGAAAAAUCCUACACAGACUGGGUGCAUGAGAUGCGGCAUACGAAGAACGGACAAAAGUUUUUGGAUCGGAUAGAAGUAUCGCUCAAGAAAGCGUUAAAUAAGCAGCGUGAUCUAUUAAGAAAGGAAUCCGAUGAAAAACUACGACACCAAAAAGAAGUGCUCAAAAUACAAUAUAAGGAAAAAUUAAUGGAGCAUGUUUGCCGUCUUCCACAAUACGAUUACUCCAAUGAAGCGCGUUUGCUCAACGAGAGCAUUGGACAGCAGCUGAAGGUAUUCGAGAGCCGUCAUUCGGAGCUUUUGCAGAAAAUUCAACAUGUACACAAGACUGAAGCCAAUUUAGCUACGCAAGAAACAGGAAAGGAAACAGCGCAAACCGACAUGACAGACGAAAUAGUACGCAGAGUGGUUAGAGAAAUGGAACCCAAAAUUAAUACAAUUAGUCCUCAGUGCUCCAACCAUGCAGAAGAACUGCCAGCUUCCGACACCCGUGCACGAGAUCCGCUGCUGAAGGAUGUGGUGAAUACACAGAAACAGCUGCAGAAGAUGGCACAAAGCAUAGCGCAGCAAGAGCGUACUGUGGACCAAAUUGUUUAUGAGGCCAAGAUGCGUAUACAAGAGCUCGAGAAUGAGAGCAAUCAAUUGGAAUUGAAUUUCCGCAAUUACCUGGAUCGACAACGUUUGCAGGCCGAAACUAUGCGCGAAGUAGUAUCCAGCCUCUCAGAGAGCAAUAAAAAGGAGGUGCCGAAAGUUGCCGACAGCUAUCGCAAGACUUUAAAAGAUAUCCGAACGUCUUCCGCGUUGCGAACGGAAAACGAACGUCGGGAGUUGAAAAUUAAAAAGCACAAUAAAGCGGUUAAAUCCAAAGAUUCACUCUUAGAUUUAACGGACCAGGAAAAUAAAAGUCCGAAUUUCGAAUAUCCCAAUGCAAUUAUGGAAGCGAAAACAAAACUGUUUAAAAGUGAUCGCCAGUGUGAAUUUAAAAGCUAUGGCAAGAGGGGUAGUGAUGAUGAAGAAUUUAAGCCACUAGGUUUUGAACCGUACUAUUAUAAUCGGAAUUUCGGCUCUUGUGAGUCACAAAUCAAUUUGUUAACGAACAAUGCGCACUCAACUGAAUGGAAUGAAAACACUUCAAGGCUUUUAAUAGCCGAGCCACGAACUGACGUCGUAAAUUUUAACAACAACAACCAUACAGCGAGUGCGAGAAGCACUGGUGUACCGCUUCAAAGAGCCUAUGCAAUACUACCUCAUCCACCACAAACAAGCGCGUCUAAAAUUGACCAGCUGAGAAGUAAACCAACGACUGCAGCCGAAGCCUCAAGAACAUUUGGCGCAAAACCAGUGCAGACGGAGGCAGCGACAGCUAUGUCAACAGUGACUACCAAAACUACCUCGGUAUCUACUGUUGUUAUAGCUGCUGCUGCGAAGGGCGCAGAUAAACACGACGCAGAGCGAGUGCCGGAUGCGAUUUUCCAACAUCAGGAAUCCGGCUCACAAACAUCCAGUAACGAUAAUGGCAGUCAGGACCAUCAAAGCGCGAGUGAUCGCAGCAAAAAUAGCGGCAGAAGCAAUAAAAGUGUCGAGGAGGAGGCGCCAGACACAGUGAGUAGUACGAGCACCAGUAAAAAGGAGAGCAGUCCAAGGGGGAAGGUGAGAGAUACUGAUAAAAAAGACGCUGUUGGCGAUACCACUGACGCCAAAAAUCCGGUAGAAGCCACAAUGAACUUAAUGGAAACAAUGGAGCGAAUGCAUCGGCUCUUUUCUGAUACACCAACAGGUGAAAUGAAGAAAAAGCCACACACCCAAGUCAAUCUAUUAGAGAAAGAGAAAACGAAGCUAAAACAAAGAAUUCCUCAAAAUAAUCAACAAAAACAACAUCUAUUGAGCCCAAAAAGUAAGAAAACUGUCAAAAAUCCGUCUGUAGCAAACGAAGAUCCCAGUACUUCCCGAAAAUGUAAGCAAAGUAAAACGGAGCGAAAGGAGCGCCGUGCAAAACCCGCGAAAAGCGCGGAAACACUGAAACCUAGCGUACAUGUUGAGGAAGCUUUAAAUACAUUUGCCAGCUCCGAUGUGAAUGCACGUAAGAGCCCGGCGGAAAGAUCAGUGACAACAACAAGACCGCAGUACUACAAUAUUACAAGUUCCGCGACGGCAAUCAAUGUCUUGGCACCAACAAUUUCUUCCACAACCUUCUCCAUCUGCCUAGAAGAUAACCUAAAAGAAGUGGUGAGCGAGUCAUCGAUCGAAAUCGCCAGCAUGGUCGAAGCAGUCGAUGAGGAGAUCGAAUUAGAUGAGCUGGUAGCUGCGGUGGAAGAGGAGGAAGAGGCCGAAGAGGAGGUCGAUGAGGAGUACGAACCGAUGGGAAAUGGCAAAGUGAACUCGGUGCCGCUGGCCGCGAUCGAAGAGGUGUCUGGCGUCAGUUCUUCAUCCAGCAGUGCGGUCCACAUGUCCACUUGCGGCGGCGGUGGCGGUGGUGCAGAGCGCAGAAAGAAAAGUGAUAGUGGCAGCGAUUUCUGGGAGUAACAUUCUCCACAGCGGAAGUGUGGUUAAGAUGAGCUGCAGUGUGUGAGCAGUAAAAUAAAUCAAGCACAAAAGUUUUUAAGUCAACAAUUGAUAACAGAACCUGUAUGGAAACAUCACUUAAGUUCGCAAGUAACCAAAAUUCAAAUUGCUUGUUUUUCAACAAAUUUUCAUAAAUCAUGAUCUAAAUUUAACACUUUAAUGUAAAAUAAAAAUCUUAAAGAAAUUAUUUGUAACAAUUUACAGAAAAUAUAAAUCAAAUU